AUGCAGAUGUUGAUUUUCAUUCUCGACUUCUUGCAGGAGACGGAUUUUCACGGAUGUUCACUUCUUGGACCCUUCUUCUCCCUGGCUGCGUCAGUUCGUCUGACCGCUGGGUUAGCGAUUGGGCCCGUUGGUUCAUUCGUCGUCGCCAACAAGACCAUUGCUCCUGACGGGUCCCUCGCGCUGCCGUCCUUGCUGGGGAACAUUCCCUGGUCCCCUCGUCAGGGACGCAUCGGGGACAACUUCCGGCUCACGGUCAUCGAUCAGCAAAAGGACAUUCGGAUGCUCGAACCGACCUCCAUUCAUUGGCAUGGAUUGUUCCAGAAUGGGACCAACUACAUGGACGGGCCGUCGUUCAUCAAUCAGUGUCCGAUCUCGCCCGGGAACUCGUUCACAUAUGAUUUCACUUCCCAACAAUCUGGAACAUUCUGGUAUCACUCACACCUCGCCACUCAGUACUGCGAUGAGACUGUGGUCGGUGUCGCGACCCCGUCAUCUAUGCUCAUCAACGGCCUUGGACGUACCGCUGCCACAGUCCUCCAACACGACUCUGGCUGUGAUCACCGUCAAAAAGGGCUUGCGCUACCGCUUCCGUUUGGUCAACCUUGCUUGCGACUCCAACUACGUCUUCCAGAUCGACGACACAAGAACCUGACCAUCAUCGAAGCGGACGGGAUCCUCCAUCAGCCGUUGAGCGUUGAUUCCAUUCAAAUUUACGCAGCGCAACGUUAUUCGUUCAUCUUGACUGCCAAUAGCCCAUCGGCAACUACUGGAUUCGUGCGAACCCGAACAACGGCCCCACUGGUUUCGCCGGGGUAUCAACUCCGCGAUUCUUCGCUACACGUCGGUCAAUGGAUGGUCAAUGAGGUAAACCUGCACCCGCUCGUUGACCCCGGUGCUCCCGGUGGUGCGUUCAUUGGCGGUGCCGACGUACAGCUCAAUCUAGCUUUGGCGUUUGAUUUGACAACCUUCAAAUUUACGAUCAACGGCGUGGCAUUCGUCCCACCUACUGUUCCCGUCCUGCUCCAAAUUCUGUCAGGCGCACAGAACGCCCAGUCGCUGCUGCCAAACGGCUCAGUCUAUACGCUCCCGCACUUUGCGUCGGUUGAGGUCACCUUAGCAGGAGGUGUGGUUGUUGGCGGCCAUCCCUUCCACUUGCACGGACACGCCUUCGAUGUCAUCCGGUCCGCCGGCAGCACCACAUACAACUACGUCAACCCGGCUCGACGAGACGUCGUGAACAUCGGAGGGGCAGGCGACAAUGUUACCAUCCGUUUCUUCACUGACAACCGCGGACCAUGGUUCCUCCACUGCCACAUCGACUGGCAUCUGGAGGCUGGCUUUGCUAUUGUGUUUGCUGAGGAUGUGCCUGACUGGAAGUCGGAGCUGAUCCCCACUGCCGAGUGGAACCAGCUGUGCCCCAUCUACAACGCGCUUCCAGCCUCGAUCACGUCCCUCGCGGCCUAAUUAUUUGAAAUAUGUAAAAUAUGUUUAACAUUAUCUCUUCAUACUUGAAUGAUAUCAGUUGGUUCGGUUAA